UGCAUCCCAACAUCUGUCCACAUAUUCCACCGUUGAAAUAGUAUGUCCAUGACUCAGCCAACUCCAAAGUAUUCAGGAAGGCGACGCAUCUCUUGUCAUCCUAUGGAAAUAACGAAAAUACUCUCCCUCAAUCUUCUAACAAGCACCGACAUGUUGUAAUCCCCAAAAUCAUGUUGGUAUAGACUCUUCUCUUGCCGUAACUCAGAAAUAAUAACGUGUCUUCCCCCGGUAUGUGCUUAGUCGUGAAAAAGGAUACCAGUUUUAAAUACAAAAUAUUGGAGCGUUUGGGUUUUUAGCUCAUUAGUAAUCUUUUAAGUGGGUUGCAUUUGUCCAUUUAGCAGUAGUUGCAAAUCCAGAACAAUGUCAGGCAGAUAAAAGUUGCAGACACCUACAUUUUUGUCUCCUACCUUCUUCCUACACCGUUGGUGAUCCUCUCUAUUCAAGUUCCCACGCGAAAUGCAUCUUUUUAAAGUGGCUGUUUACAGCUAGUCCUGUGUGGUAGAAGUCAUAAAUCUUACGUAGCCAUAAACGAAGGGGGUAGUGUCCUGAAUAAUAAAAAUAGAGAGAGAGAGAGAGGGAGAGAAGAUAGUGAAAAAUUGAGAGAGUGAGAGAAAGAGGGAGGGGGGAGAGAUGGUGAGAGGUAGUGAAGAGAGAAUAUAAUAACCUGUAAAACACCUUUGGCUGCGUGUUUUCAUUUCCAUGUUGAUCUCUCCUUGUUUCCUUCUCAGUUUUCCUUCUUGCUGAUUUACUUUUCUCUUCCCGUUGGGUGUUAAAGUCCUACAUAGCCUACAGUAAAAACACAGGAAGCCCUUUCUUCUAUUUUUAACAUGGACUCGCUAUCGAAGUUUUUCCAAGUUUGUGUAGCACCGGCUCGUCCUAGCUGUUAAAUAUCACAGAUUUUCUAUUAUUUCCCCCCCUUUACUGAUUUGUUUUUACACCCCUCCCUCGUUUUUUAAGUGCGCCUGUUGUCUGUUCCCUGAGCCCCCCACCAGCCUCUAUUUUUCGCAUUAGUUAUUACACUAGUUGGGUGUGUUGGGAGAGAUGUGUUGAAACAUUAACAAUACAGGCAGAAUUCAGUUUCUGCCGGGAGCCAAGCGAGAGCCGGCUGUGGAAACCCACUUCCUGGUCAUUUAAUGUAGGCUGCACCAGUGGAGUAAAAAACAGAGGCUCCGCUCAUAUACUUAACAAUAUUACCUUGGCUUGACACCUAACCAGGAAUCACGUGAAUCAAAAAGUACUGGCGCUGUCUCUCCGCUUGUAUGCCCCUGUCCUGUCCAGCACGUCUGCAAUUAGCAUAAUUUUUUACUUUUACUGGUGAUGCUGCUUGAUGGGGAUUAACAGCCGCGACUAGCGCUCCAAGUCAACCCCGCUAUAUACAAAUAGCUGCACCAAGGCCUUGUGUUGACGAUACAAUAACCCACCGAAAGAGCUACGAAGAGCGAGAAUAACCGCCGAGAGAAACCCACGCAUUGGGGGAAAUGCAAUGGAGGAAAUUUCGCGGCGAGCCGCGGCUCUGCUCGGAUUAUGAUGUUAAGGUUUGCGCUGUGAGAGAAAGGGAAAUCUGAGGCCAUUGUUAUCAGCGAGCAGGGCGUACCAGUCGACAGGGCAGCCAGGCGCUUGCUGCCUGUCCAUUCGCAGCCCCCCUAGCAUUCCUCAGAUCUUUCAUGCCAGACCGUCUCCCCCCUUCCCAAGCCGAGGGGAUCCGUGCAGGAGCGCCCGGACUCAGGCUCGGGGCAGCAGUCCUCGAGAUACCGGCGGAUUUACAUUCACUGCGAGUUUUUGAAGGGAAGGGGAGAGCUCCCGUUUUAUUGAUUGCACCGGGGCCGAAUGUGAAAAAUAUAUGAUGCCUGCCCGUGCUUCCUUCGUCAGAGGCUAAGGUCAGCUUCCAAGAGGCCUUUGGAAAGAGACCGUCACGUGACAUCUGGUGCCAAUGUUCUUCCAGAAGGUCGUCAGGACCCUGGUAGCCGGUAACUCCACUUUUGGAAAUGCAGAAAACGACCUACUACGACAACUCAACGCUUUUCGGAGGUUACUCGUACCAAGGGGCCAACGGCUUCGGCUAUGAUGCUCCUCAACCGGCCUUCCAGUCCGCGGCUCACCUCGAAGGCGACUACCAGAGGUCCGCCUGCUCGCUGCAGUCCCUCGGUGGCAACAGCGCUCCUCCCCAGCAGCAUGCCAAGACGAAAGAGCUGAAUGGCAGCUGCAUGCGGCCCAGCCUGCCACCUGAACACCAACCUCCCCCCCAGGUGUCCCCUCCCGUCAUCCCCGCCAACGCCACCAGCAGCAGUGCCACCGCCACCAGCAGCAGUGCCACCGCGCAGCAGCCGGGAGGCAGCGGUGGGGCCGCUAAAUCAGCGCCCAAGACGUACACUCUGUCCACCAACCCCACCCUCAACAAGCAGAUCUUCCCCUGGAUGAAAGAGUCGAGGCAGAAUACUAAGCAAAAAAACAGCUCGCCAAGUGCAAGUUCAGCUAACGCGGAGAGCAGCGGAGGUGAAAAAGGCCCCCCGGGUUCCGCAGCCUCAAAGAGAGCGCGCACCGCGUACACGAGCGCUCAGCUGGUGGAGCUAGAAAAGGAGUUCCAUUUCAACCGUUACCUGUGUAGGCCUCGCCGCGUGGAAAUGGCCAACUUGCUAAACCUCAGCGAGCGCCAGAUCAAGAUUUGGUUCCAGAACCGGCGUAUGAAGUACAAAAAAGAUCAGAAAUGUAAAGGGCUGGGCUCUUCAUCAGGGGGCCCCUCUCCAACCGGAAGCCCACCCCUACCCAUGCAGUCCUCAGCUGGCUUCAUGAACUCCAUGCAUUCCAUGGCAGGCAACUACGACGCCCCCUCCCCGCCAUCUUUUAACAAGUCCCAUCAAAACGCCUAUGCCAUGUCCUCAGCCUACCAAAACCCCAUGAAAAGCUGCCCCUCCCAACAGAAGUAUGCCAACACAGCACCAGAAUACGACCCGCACGGGCUACAGGGUAACAGUGGCAACUAUGGAACUCCCAACAUGCAGGGCAGCCCCGUGUAUGUGGGAGGAAACUACGUGGAGUCGAUGCCCACCUCUGGGCCGUCCAUGUACGGCCUCAAUCAUCUACCACACCACCAGGCUGGGAACAUGGACUACAACGGUGCCACACAGAUGUCAGCAAGCCAACACCAUGGACCGUGCGACCCCCACCCGACAUACACAGAGCUGGCAGCCCACCAUCCUUCUCAGGGUAGAAUCCAGGAAGCUCCCAAGUUAACUCAUCUGUAGUAGCAGGUUUGGGGAAAAAAAACUAAAUUACAACUACAAAUAACUAACCCAUGGGACGCUGCAAUGGGGUUGAAAAAAAAUAUGAUCCAGUGGUUUCUUGCCAUGGCCAAAAAAGUAUUGUCUGUUGUCUUUAUCAUUGUGCGUAUUAGUAACAUUCACUUGAAUUGCGUUUUGAUUAACGGUUUAUUUCCUUGAAUAUGGAGCUCUCCCUCGAAAACAAGUCAUUAAAUAGUAAUAGUUGGGCUUAAUGGAUAGCUAACAAGGUGGGGGGGUUUAUUACUGUCAGACAUUUUUGACUCGGUGAAACACAUGUUAUGUCAAGGUGGAUUUAUGUUUAGCCUGCGUCCUUGCAGUCAGCACAAAUGGCUAAGCUUGACUGACGUCAAUAUGCAUUUUUCAAUUGGUGCAAGCAAACCACUGGAUUGUUUUCGAUUACUUCCCUUAUUCAUAUUACCUCUCUUUGGAAAUGUCUCACUAACCCACUGUGCAGUGACAUUUAUUUUUUAUUUUUUACAUGUCCUCGCCAAACAUUGUGGCUUCAAGGGAAGAGCUCCUUCAGCAUCACGCAGAUGCAUCGUUGGCCUACACCCCCACUGGGUUUAUGGUGUUUGGGUUCACAUUGCUAUGCUAUGCUAUGCUAGCUAACGUCCAUAAACAAUCACAAACACACACGCGAGGACAUAAAAUUGAUAUUUGUUAUAUCAUCAUCACAGGGUAAAAAGGAGUUGAGAACUCUUUUGACAACUAUGAUAGGCUCAUUGCCCCCUCCCUUCUUUCCCCCCUCACCACUCUCUCUCCGUUCUCCCUAUCACUUCCUACUCUCACUCUUCCAACUCUAUCACUCUCUCUCGUUCAAUCUAUAGGGUUCACUUACAUUAGCCAAGACUAAUGCGAAAGGCUCACAAUUUCUCAUGUCUUGACUUAACGUGGAAACAGGGUAUAUUUGAACAAAAUGCAUGUCCAGGAACCAAGCUGAAGUGUAGGUUUACACUAAUGCUUUCUCGUCUGGGCAUCAUUGUUGCACUUAGAGUUUACAUUUUGAUGGUUAAGGGAAAAAUACAUCUUAUUUUGGAAACGGAAGACCUCCAAUCAGCGUCUUUCUCAAUGUAUGUUCAAGUGAACAUUCAUAAAUAUAUAUUUAUUUGUUAUAGCCAGUUUAAAUACUUUCUUUUUGUAUUAUUUAUCCCCCAUGUAUUUAUAUCAAGAAAAAAAUGUAAUUUUUUAGUAUUUACCUGUUAUAAAGACGUUGUGUUCUUGUCAUUGUAACGAAUACAUUUUAGUUAUUGUAUUUUAGAAAUAAAUAGUUUAUGUUACCCUUGUACGUAAAUAAUGUCUUGACUUGUACAGGGGUCAGCGAGGACGGAAUCAGACCGUUCCUGCAUAGUCGAGAAUUAGACGAAAUAUAGCUAAACACUUUUGGAGAACUUCCUUUGUCCUUUGUAGCUCCUUUUAUUUCAUUGUUAAGAGUUGUCUGUUGAACAAUUCUUUAAUAAAAUGUUAUGUUAUUCAGUU